AUGCAACACAACAACACUCUAUUUUCCAUGCUUUUGAAUCAGCACAAUAUUAAUUUUGAUGAUGAUGAUGAUCAAACCGUAGAGAACGACCAACAAACAAUGAUGACCCCUUCUGAACGAUCUCAAGCCAUUGAAGAAUUAUUUUUAAAACCUCAUGAUCAAGCAAGUAUGAUGAUUCCGAUCGAGCAUCAAAUUUCAAGUUUUGCUAGAGUGCAAGGAUUAGGCUUGUAUUGCAUUCCGUGGCAUCCAACCGGUAAUGGAAGUGCUGUAUUCAUCAAUGCACCUCACAAGACAAAGAAAACUAGUGCCAUACAGCUCACCAAUGUGCGCUACGAUGUUGAGGAAGAUGUUGACCGAUUUUAUGUGUUCAAUGGAUUUGAAAGAUGGAACGAAACUGCAAUGGCAGAUGUUGAUUAUGUAGAAUUUGUCAGAUUGCACUCACCUAGGCGAAUCCUGGAUAGCUCAGCCACUGUAGAAUCACCGAAAUUGCAAAGAUCAGAAGAUGAUGAAGAACCUUUUUUUCCUGCAAUCGAUAUGGAUACUGUGGUUUUUGAAGAUUUCAAUGUGACACCAGUCAUGAAGCAAGCUCGAGAAAAAUGUCAAUCACAAGCCAUUCAACCAAAUGCUAGCGUGUAUAAGCCAAGAGAUUUUCGAUCGACGGCCAUUUCAAAACAGCGUCCCAGUUGCCGUAUAUAUCACUCAACAGCAUUUGAUUCACAAAAUAACUGUGUUUAUAUUUAUGGAGGAUUUACACGUGGCCGUAUCAUGUCGAAUGAUAUUAUCAAAAUGACCUUUACAACAAAAGAGACGGCAGAUGAAAGUAGUAGUAGUAGCAACAAUGAUGAUUGUGUGUGUCAAUCUGAAAUAUUGACAAACAAGUUUAAAUUAAUCAGAAAAACUGAAGCCAAUGAUGAUCUUGAUAGAAUACCAUAUAGGGAAGGCCACACAGCCGUCAUGAGACGAGGAAAGAUGUAUGUAUUAGGUGGCAAUGCAGGUCGAAAUGGUACCUUUGAAAAAGAAUUGUUGGUGUUUGAUUUUGAGACAUACACCAUAGAGCCUGUUAAUGUUAAGGGUGACUUGUUUUCACAUCGUGCUUAUCACUCUGCAACAUAUUUAGAAAAGUAUGACAUUAUGGUGGUUUGUGGUGGAAAAUUGAGACCUGGCCAAGGCGCCCCUCUUUCAUCUCAAUGCUUCAUCUAUCAUUUUGCCACAAGCACAUGGGAACUUCUAGAUCCAACCAUAUUUAGAAUGCCAACACUUUCGGGGCAUCAAGUCUUGAAAAUAUCAAACAGUGUCAUUGCUGUCGUUGGUGGUUCACACGUAGCCUAUGGUAAAGCAUCAGACAUGUCUAAAUUUAUUUAUUUGUACGAUGUUGAAAGUAGAGAAUUUUGUAGCUUUGACUUAACACAUUAUGGCUACAAGGGUAGAUAUUCGAUGCCUGCUGCGUACAGUGAAAAAAGCAAAUUAAUUGCAAUUGGAGGAGGUUAUUGCAAUGACUGUGAUGAGAGUUUAUCACUAAUAUAUUUGGACAUUACUCGCUCUGCUUCCAAACAUUUCCAUCAUCGACUUUUAAAACCUAAAUAUUAUGAUAUUUCUGUUGUGACUUGUGAAGGUACUUCUAGCAUUUAA